AUGUGGGAUUCCACGUUUGAUAUUAGUUUCCUUGGUUUGAUGGCUUCUAUAGUCGCCACAAUGCCCUUUCAACUCGCCACUAACCCGCCGGGCGGCGUCUUUCAGGCAAAUGGCGGAGUUCCAGUAUCUGUUGCUAGGAUUUGUCGGGACAAUGAUACCAUUCAAUGCCCAGGAGAAGCUGUGAUGGCUGUUGUGUACGAGGAGGAGGUUUAUACAAAUUUCUUGAUUUGCAACACCGUCUCCUUCAUCGCGUCCCUCACUGUUUGUCUCUUGUUGGUGAGUGGAAUCCCUCUCAAACAUCGACUCGUCAUAUGGGUUUUGUCGAUCGGCAUGUGCAUCACCAUCACCAGCCUCGCUCUCACCUACAUGUUUGCGGCCUCCAUGGUCACACUAGAUCCCGUUUGGGAGGCUGCUGAUAAAAUGUUUGGACGAGUACUCAAAAUCUGGGUUCACUUGUUAGGAAUCGUGGGUGUUUAUCUCAUCAUACGAAUGGUUUACCGUGUGGUUAAAUGGAUCAUUAAAUGUUGUCGCCCGCAGCAACAACAAUGA